AUGGCUGAUCAAGAGCAAAAGGCGUUAAGAGAUUAUUCUAUGCCCUCGGUAAAUGGAGCUACAUUGAGCAUAAGGAGGCCAGCCAUACAAGCCAAUAAUUUUGAGAUCAAGCCGGCCAUCAUUCAGAUGAUACAGCAGACUGUCCAGUUCAGGGGGCUAUCACAAGAGGAUCCUAAUGUCUAUAUUGCAAAUUUCAUGGGGAUUUGUGAUACUUUUAAACAUAAUGGAGUGACAGAUGAUGCAAUUCGACUAAGGCUUUUUCCCUUCUCACUUAGGGAUAAAGCAAAGGUUUGGUUGAAUCCUUUGCCACAUGGCAACAUUACUACAUGGGAGGAGUUGGCACAAAAAUUCUUAGCAAAAUAUUUCCCUCCCGCAAAGAUAGCAAAGUUAAGGAAUGAUAUCACCACGUUCAUCCAAUUUGAGGGUGAAUCAUUAAAUGAAGCAUGGGAGAGGUACAAAGAUUUAUUGCGAAGGUGUCCUCAUCAUGACCUUUCAGCAUGGCUUCAAGUGCAAACAUUCUACAAUGGUCUAGGAGCUACAAACAGGUCUAUGGUUGAUGCAGCAGCUAGUGGAGCUUUAAUGAGUAAAACUCAUGAGGUAGCCUAUGAACUUCUGGAAGAAUUGGCAUCCAACAACUAUCAAUGGCCUAUAGAAAGAGCAAUGCCAAGAAAGAUAGCUAGAGUUUUAGAACUUGAUUCUAUUACCUCAUUGGCGGCACAAAUGAAAUCAUUCAACGACUGCCAAGUGGGAAAUCCUUUUGCCCAAUCGAGUUAUGGACAAGCAAAUUACGUGUCAAAUUUUCAACGUCAAAAUAAUCCAUACUCGAACACGUACAAUCCUGGAUGGAGGAAUCACCCCAACUUCUCAUGGAGAAAUAACCAAGGCCAGGCUAAACCACCUCAGCAAUUUCCACAGCAAGAGAAGAAGCUGACACUUGAGGACAUGUUCAUGCAGUUCAUACAGAAAACAGACGUUGUGAUCCAAAACAACUCAGCUUCAAUCCGUAAUCUUGAGGUGCAGAUCGGUCAGCUCUCAAGCAUGCUCACAAAUAGGACUGCAGGAACUUUGCCAAGCAAUACUGUCACCAAUCCAAAAGAACAAGCAAAGGCAAUAUCAUUAAGAAGUGGGCGAACAUAUGAGGAGCCAAAAGUAACAAAUGCCAAACAAGAUGAAGCUGUGGAUAAUGAGGAGUCAAAGAUGAAGGAAGUCAAGUCAGAGAUGAAAGAAGUGGAGCAAGCUGAGAAGACUAAGGAGAAUGAAAGAGCUUCAAAAUCCAAAAGAUCCAGGGAAGAUACUUUUGAGACUUAUUCUCCUUCAAUUUAUGAUCCACCAAUUCCUUUUCCGCAAAGAUUAAGAAAAAAUAAUAUGGAUGAUCAGUUUUCUAAAUUUCUAAGUAUAUUUAAGCAAUUGCAUAUUAAUAUUCCUCUCAUUGAAGCUUUGGAACAAAUGCCUAAAUAUGCUAAAUUUUUUAAGGAUAUUAUAUCAAAGAAGCGGAAAUUGGAGGAGCAUGAAACAAUAAUGCUGACAGAGGAGAGUAGUGCAAUCUUAUAA